GAGACAAGUUGGGUUUUACUAGUUUAAUGAGGGUAGGAAGAAAGCAAGGGAAAGGAAUCUCCUCACUGUGGCUUAAAUUCAGGAACUCCCUCCAUUUAAUACCUCAUUCAUCACCCUUCCUCGUUAUCUCCACCAUUCUCUCCUCGUAUUUAAGUUUCAUUUCUCACACUCUACAACUACGACUUUAUGUUUUGCAUUGUUGAAGAGGUUGUCUUAGAAAAUGCUGACGUGCAUGCCUCGUGCAAAACACUCCUCUAGUGACGAUGAUCGUGAUCAGUCUCCCCCGCCUGAUAUGCAGCUUAGAUUCUCCGAUAAAGUUCCCCCUCUUCAUCCCAAUGCCAAACAUUCGUCUACCAAAACAAUAACUUCUCAGAUAAAAGACAUGGCGUUGAAAGCAUCAGGCGCAUUAUGCACGGGUCCAGUAGCUCAGCCUCAAAGAAGUUUUAGUCCGUCGGAAUCGGAGAAAAUUCGGUGCUCUUAUCAUCGAAAAACGAGCUCAAACUCGAGCUCUGGCAGGGGGUGGGGGAAGGAAAUGGAGGCGAGGCUGAAAGGAAUAUCGAGCGGGGAAGCAUCGACAUCGUUUUCGGCUAGUGGACGGCGAGUUGAAGCUGUGGUGGUGGAGGAGGAAAAAGAGCCCAAAGAGUGGGUUGCUCAGGUGGAGCCAGGUGUUCUUAUUACUUUUGUCUCGCUUCCGCGUGGCGGUAAUGACCUCAAACGCAUCCGAUUUAGCCGAGAAACUUUUAACAAAUGGCAAGCCCAGAAGUGGUGGGCGGAGAACUGUGACAAAGUGAUCGAACUUUACAAUGUCCAGAAGUUGAACAAGCAAGUGUUUCCUCUUUCGACCCCUCCAAGAUCUGAAGAUGAUCAGAGCUUAAAGAUUGAAUCUGUUCAAGACAGCCCCGUCACGCCACCCUUUGACAAAGAACGCCUACCCCAUACCUUAUUUCGCCCUACGGGGAAGGGGUACUCAUCCUCAGAUUCCUAUGAACACCAGUCUAUGCAUUCGAACAACGACAAUGGCUCAUGUGGACUUAAUGCAACACCAAAACUCUCUAGCAUUAGCGGCACAAAAACAGAGACAUCGUCAAUGGAUGCUUCCAGAAGGACUAGCUCAUCAAGAGACUUGGAUCGAUCUGGAGAGUUAUCUAUCAGCAAUGCCAGCAAUCUGGAGACUGAAUGGGUCGAGCAGGAUGAGCCAGGUGUUUACAUUACAAUCAGAGCCUUGCCAGGUGGUGCAAGGGAACUCAGGCGUGUCAGAUUCAGCCGAGAAAAGUUUGGGGAGAUGCAUGCAAGACUAUGGUGGGAAGAAAACCGAGCCAGGGUACACAGGCAGUAUCUGUAAUCACCUUACAGCCUACAAGUCAAGUGACUUUUCUGGGUUGCAUAGAACUUCUCUUUCUCAACAACAAAACUGAAGUUUCUUCAGAGAGUCCAAGGAAUGAGUGUUAACAACAUUUACAGUCUACAGAUACAUGGGGUUGAGGUAUACCAUAUUUAAGUAGGAUUCUUGCAUUAAAGAAGUGCAACCUUUGUAACUGUUUCUAAUUGUAUGAAGCAUAAAGGUUUUACUUUCUUCC